GCGCGCACGUGGCUCCGCCCCUUUGCCGGGGCCGUGUUCUCCAUGCUGCCAGCACGCCUAACUGGUAGGCUUCUCUGCGGCUUCCUGCGGGGAUCCGCUCUCAGGGUAGCGCGCCAUGGCCUCCGGGAGCCUCUCCUCGAGAGGAGGCGCACGACCCCCUUCUCCUCCCAGCACCCAUCGGGCCUGGGACGUGGGCUCCCUCGUGGCCCGAUGGCGACUGGGGGUUACGAAGGAAGGGCUGACAUGGAGGAGCGUUUUCUGUUCCCCGAGUACGUCCCGGAGCCGGAGCCCGAACCGACCCCCGAAGAGCAGCUGCGGGCGCUGCAGCAGCGGCAGGAGGAGGAAGAGAGACAGCAGCAGCAGCGGCGGGAGGAGCGGCGGCAGCAGAAGCUACGGGCCAGGCGCCGGGAGCAUCCGGUCGUGGGGCACCCGGACCCGACGGUGCCGCCCAGCGGCCUGAACUGCUCGGGCUGCGGGGCGGAGCUGCACUGCCAGGACCCCGGCGUGCCCGGCUACCUGCCCAGCGAGAAGUUCCUGAGCGCGGCGGCGCAGGCCGACGGCGGGCUGGCGCGGACCGUGUGCCAGCGCUGCUGGCUGCUGGUGCACCACCGGCGCGCCCUGCGCCUGCAGGUGAGCCGCGAGCAGUACCUGGAGCUGGUGAGCGCCGCGCUGCGGCGGCCCGGGCCCGCUCUGGUGCUCUACAUGGUGGACCUGCUCGAUCUGCCCGACGCCUUGCUGCCCGACCUGCCUGCGCUGGUGGGCCCCAAGCAGCUGAUCGUGCUGGGGAACAAGGUGGACCUGCUGCCCCAGGACGCUCCCGGCUACCGGCAGAGGCUCCGGGAGCGGCUGUGGGACGACUGUGCACGCGCGGGGCUCCUGCCGCUCCCUGGCCACCGAGGGCCACAGCACCCCGGCGGGGACGGGCCACGGGACGAGGAGGAGAAUUCGAAUCCUUCAGCCAGGUCCCGCACGGUGCUCAGGGACGUGCGGCUCAUCAGCGCCAAGACUGGCUUUGGAGUGGAAGAGUUGAUCUCCGCGCUUCAGCGCUCCUGGCGCUACCGCGGCGACGUCUACCUGGUUGGCGCCACCAACGCUGGCAAGUCCACUCUCUUCAACACGCUCCUGGAGUCCGAUUACUGCAUCGCCAAGGGCGCUGAGGCUAUCGACAAAGCCACCAUUUCCCCUUGGCCUGGUACUACAUUAAACCUUCUGAAGUUUCCUAUUUGCAACCCAACUCCUUACAGAAUGUUUAAAAGGCAAAAAAGACUGAAAAAAGAUGCAGCUGUAGCUGAAGAAGAUCUUAGUCAGCAAGAACAAAAUCAACUUAAUCUCUUAAAAAAGCAUGGCUAUGUAGUAGGAAGAGUUGGAAGAACAUUCUCGUAUUCAGAAGAACAGAAGGAUGAAGCUGCCUUCGAGUUUGAUGCUGAUUCACUUGCCUUUGACAUGGGAAAUGAACCUGUUGUUGCAGAUAAACCCACCAAACGAGUACAGUUGACCCCAGAAGAUGUGAAAGAUGCCCACUGGUUUCAUGACACCCCUGGAAUUACAAAAGAAAAUUGUAUUUUAAAUCUUCUAACAGAAAAAGAAGUAAAUAUUGUUUUGCCAACACAGUCCAUUGUGCCGAGAACUUUUGUGCUUAAACCAGGAAUGGUUCUAUUUUUGGGUGCUAUAGGCCGCAUAGAUUUUCUGCAGGGAAGUCAGUCAGCUUGGUUUACAGUUGUGGCUUCUAACUUCCUUCCUGUGCAUGUUACUUCCUUGGACAAGGCGGAUACCGUGUAUCACAAGCAUGCGGGUCAUACAUUACUCAAGGUCCCAAUGGGUGGAGAAGAGCGAAUGGCAGGAUUUCCUCCUCUUGUUGGUGAAGACAUUACAUUAGAAGAAGGACUUGGGGAAUCUGAAGCAGUGGCUGACAUCAAGUUUUCCUCUGCAGGUUGGGUUGCAGUUACGCCUCAUUUUAAGGACAGACUGCGUCUCCGAGGCUAUACGCCUCAAGGAACAGUUCUGACGGUCCGGCCCCCUCUCUUGCCACAUAUCGUUAACAUCAAAGGAGAGCGCCUCAAGAGAAGUGUGGCCUAUAAAACCAAGAAGCCGCCUUCCCUGGUGUACAAUCUGCAGAAGAAGAAAAAACAGAUAAAUAUAUGAAGCUGACCUUGUUCACAUUGCAUAUUAACUCUAUUAAACAUAACUACAUACAUUGAAUUGUAUUAAAUAUAGCUAUAAUAAAACCCCCUUGCUCCCACCUUUUUUUAA